UCCCGGGAGAGGAUCAGUAGCAAAUAACAAACAAACAACAACAACAACAUCCAUGACGACACUUAUCAUCUGACAGACACAGCUCACACGCAAACAGCGGACCAGCAGCAGCAGCAGCAGCGCGGGCGGCGGGCUCCGUGCGUGUCAGCAGGACUCCUAUCGCUCCCAGCGUGACGUGACGAGGAGGGGAGACUGGAAUCCCCCCCCCACCCCACCCCACACCGCUGCUCCCACUGAGCCGCAAGUAUUUCUGAUCUCUUUCGCUGCUCACAGCAGGACCUGUUCUGAGUGGCCAUGAUUGGGCACCGUGAUGCCUCAAGUGCCCUUACCCUCCUAGUCCUCCUAACUGGGGCUUCUGUCCUCCAACUAUCCACCUCCAACGUGAUCAGUACCCGCGGAGAUGUAAAUUACCCGCACGGAGAAGCUCUCCCUGGGCUGUCAGUGUCUAGGGAUCAGCAAAGGCAGGAAGAGGAGGGGCGAUCGUUAAAAAAAGAGGAGGCAGGGGAUGAAGAGGAGCUCUUUAAAGAUGUGGAUCCCAAAACACUAGCGGCGGUUUUGCUGGAGGCACUGAAUCGCUCACAAGUGGAGAGACGAGGGGAGGGAGAGGAGCGUGGUGGCGUGGAAGAAGAUAUGAGGGCUGAGGCGGGAGCGGUAGAAGGGGCGUACAGAGAAGCGCGAACGAUGGAGGGCGCAGACCGAGACAGAGACGCACGCCACGAGUUAGAGCUGCUGAUGGCUGCGCAGGGGAGGAAGCGGGAGAAAGAAGAGGAGGAGGAGCGCAGGAACGCUCAGGAGGAAGAGGAGAAGAUUACGGAGAAGGUGACCAGUCACACCACCAGCCAGACAGUCCAGGUCCACGCCGAGCAGCAGCCUGCUGGUCCAGACGGGAGAGGGGAGAAUGGGCAGGUCAGUCCACCCCAGCAGGGGCCGGGCGGUCCCGAACAAGGCGGCAACGAAGAGGAGGAGCAGCUCAGCCCCGAGGAGCUGAAGAGCCUCGAGACCAUGAUGAAGGAGUUCCCUCGCUUGAACACCGCCACCAAGAGGGAGAGAGAUUCCGAGCAGAACCAGAGAGAGAGCAGAGGUUACAGCAGCUACAAUGACGUCAUACCAGUCAACAAAGGAAGUGACCUGGCAAUGUCUAAGAAGAAGCUGAAAUGGCAAGAGGAGACGCAGAAAGCCCUGAGCUUCCCAACAUUCAGGGGGAAUUUUAUGGAUGACUUUGAAGACGGUAAUUACGCUCCCGGUAACGCAGUGGAGUCCCAGCCUCCAACAGAGCAGGAGGAGAUGGAGGAUGAUGAGCCGGAAGCGGGGGAUGAGGAGGAGGAGGAGGAGGAGGAGGAUGAGGAGGUGUUGAGUCCCGAGGAGGAGGAGGCGAGGGCGAAAGCGGAGCAGGAGGAGAUGAGGAGGCAGGCGGCCGAGGCGCAGAGAGCCAAGAUGGAGGAGGAGAAAUUGGCCGACAUCGCCUCAGACAUGCUGCUGCGCUACAUGGUCAAACAGAAUAACGGGAACAAGAAGUACGGCUCGACUCUCUCCAAUGCCGCCGAGGACAAGAGGUCCGACGAGGAACAGGAAGUCACCGAGGAGGACGACAUCGACCCCCAGACCAUUGACAAGCUGAUUGAGAUCUCAAGCAAGCUCCACCUCCCCGCCAACGACGUGGUGGACAUCAUCAGCGAUGUGGAGAAGAAGAAGAAGAAGGACGUGCCGCCCGAGAUGACGUCUCGCUGGCGCCAACCUCUGACCCCACUGUCUUCAUCGUACUCAUCGUCAAAUGGCUUCCUUCCGUCGCAAAUUUCAACCAAUCAGAAUGGCUUCCCCGUCGCCAAGCAGCCCCCUCCAUCUGUCAAUCUCCUCAAAUCGUGGUUCCAGGAGAAAUCCCCGACAAAAUCGCAGAAUCCCUGGGGCAAACUUGCAAAGCCUCUGCCAGCCAAUCAGAAUCCUUGGUCCAGACCUCAGAAACCUCUGUCGAUGAAACAGGAGCUUUUGCUCAAACCGCCCAAGUCCGUUUGGAAUGGCUACAAUUCGUACCCCUACGCAUACCCGCCUUACUACCAGAGGAGGCCCUACCCAGACUAUCGCCCCAUCUACUAUCCUCUUUACCCCCGACCCAAAGCUCGUCAUUACGUCCCCAAACCUGCUCCCAGUUUCAACAACUUCCUGGGAAAUUUCGCGGACGACGUCGGGCCUUUCCCUUCCAAAAGCCGCUACCGCAGCUGGGUGCAGCCUCGGCUGAGAAAGCCCCCCGCGGGCCUCCAGCAGAAGCCUUACUACACUAGCAACCCCCUCCCCCUGUACCCCUGGACAUAUCAUCAAGUACCCAUCCCCAAACGAAUGCCUCUGAUCCCUGCUCAGCAGAGGCAGGUUUAUUACUCAGCGCCAGUCCCUCCAGUGACUAAGAAUGAAGAUUAUUACGCGGAUGGAAAGCAGCCUGGCAGUAGUAACCGUGACGAUCUGGAGAAAUACAUACAGCAGAUACUCAGGAAGAGGCCGCAAAUACUGGACUGAAAGGUGGUAGAGAGGAGAGUUAGAGCAGAGGAUAAGGAAAACAGGAGAGAUGAGCAGAGCAGAGUGCGUUUUUUAUGAUUUCGUUUCGUUGGUGUUCGGCUUUAUUUUACAUCGUUAUGCCACAAGUUUCUUUCUCCCGUUUGACUGGCCUCGAUUUGGACGAAGACGUUGCAGUGGACCUUUUUCUCAUAGGUAGUCAGGAUCGAAUGGAACUGUGGAGGAGGGACACACAUCUGCGCUCCUCUGUGGAAGAACGGCAAGCCAAGAUUUGUAUCAUGCCAGAACUUUUUAUCCAAAAUCUCGACACGACAGCUUUCUCCAUUUGGACAUUUUGCAAUGCCAACAAAGGAGGAUGCCCGAAUGUGUUGCGUAUUUAAAAAGAAAAAAAAAAACUUUUUUAGAUUGAGAGAGCGAGAGUUGAGUAAACCACAGGCAGUGAUGUAUGCCGGAAAUGUGUUUGCUGGCCGAUGGACUUUCGCUAUCUAAGACGAGAAGGACAUUUGUUUAAUUAUUCCUUUUGGGGUUUUUUUCACAUGGGGACAUUGUCGCGUUGAAAGAGGAAAGGGACAAAUAAAAAAACUCACACAAAGUUGGAGUCUAACUAUCAUCUAAAAUAUCACUAGAGCUUUAAAAUUUCCCCUUUAAGUUCGAGAUUAAAUCUAAUUUGGGAAUAGCCUCAUGCCAAAGCCAUUCUGUAUACUUAUCUAAUUUACAUUUUCGGUAUAAUAUAAUUUUUGUGCUGUUGUGAUAAAAAUGCAGCACACUUUUCAUUAUAUACCCACACGUUUUUACAUUUUCUACCAGAUUUACAUUGAAAUAUAAGGCACCAAAAGGCAUAUUUCAGAACAGAGCUGUUGAGGCUGCACUAACACCACUAUAAUGGAUGACUCACCCUUUUGCAUAACUUCAAUUACCUUGUUGCUAUGGUGCCAAACCCUGGCCAAACUCAUUAUUGCAUUCUUUAAGAGUUGAUGCCUUCAGAGGCUGCGGCACUGGCGGAGGCACACUGUUCUUUUACUGAACACGUGGAGUUUAAAGGACAAGGCUGGUGUUAGUCUAUAUUUAACUUAAGUGUCAACUUAGUCCCAUGAAAAGACCAAACCGAAUGGGUUAGGGUCGUCUCUCACUGCCCUCUGACUUCCCUACCCUAUCUGUAGCACUCAGCCACAAGCCUGCUCGCUCAAAGUAUGCAUGUAAGAAUCUGAAAAACAUACCGUUUAAUUAACAAGACCCUUUCCCUCUAGCAGAACUUGCUUGGGAAAUAGUGUUGGUCCAACUUUAUAUACGACAUCACAUGACUUCUUAGAGGUUUUUUGUUGGCAGAAACCUUCUCGUAUAACCAACCAAACACAACAAAUACACAAAUUAUGGAAAAUAACAUGCACUCAAAGCUCGGGCUGAAUCACAGAGCUCGCCGCUGCUACGUCCUGCUAAACCAAGUUUUUAGCGAGACCCUUGCUCUAAGACAAUUAUGGUGUUUCAAUUGCUUUUGAAUGAAAAGACAGAUUAAGAGAAAAGUUAAACUCCGGAUAUUUUCACAUCCCUACUUAUACAUUGUAUAAUGGUGCGUUCAUAGCAGACUUUUUUCAGCGGAGGGUUCAUUAUUCUAGGAAGUACGCAGGGCAGCAGGACCGUGUAUGUGGGAUCGAGUCAACGUUCAUGGUGAUGUAGGAACAUGUUACCCAGGGUAACGGCGUGCCGCAUUGAUAUGUUGUUGUUUUCAGACAGCAUUUGUGUUCUAUGGCACAGAGGAAGAAUGUAAAGUUUGAGUACACUGAGCACAAUAUUUGUGGGUAUAAGUCAUUCAUUUUUGAUUUGGGUUAUGUAUAUUUGAAGAUCACCAACACUAUAUUUAUGACACAGAAAAUCGCAACAGCUAUCCUUAGAAAAUACCUUCCACGGUUUUGUUAUUGCACUCCAAGGUGCCCUCAAUCCCAAAACUCAACAAAGAUGUUAAUGAUGUUAAACAUGUUCAACAUGUGUUUUUGUUUCUUUUGCUAUCAAUGUAGAGUCUAUUUGGGAAGCUUUUCCACAACCAGCAAAAAUUGGCUGCCAUGCAUGUCACUGCGACAUCCCUACCGCUCCAAUUUUUUAUUUAUUUUUUCCUUUUUACCAUUUAAUAUUGUCAGUUAGAUGAAGGCUGUAAUCUCUUCUUUAAUGGAACAAAUGGGUUAAUGAAAAUGAUUCUCUGGAACAGAGUCUAGUGGAAAUGGGAACAGUUUGCUCAUAUUUAGUAAGUUUAAUUCACAUUUAUAGGGUUAGGGUUAAGGUUACAAUGAUAAAGGCAUUUUCACUGAUUGGAUUGGAUGCCAGUGCUAUGAAAAAAUGAUUGAAAAUACGUUUUAUAACUGAAAAAAAGAUUGCAGUGCUGAGAUUCCCUUCCCUUAAAUGGCUACUGAUAAUCAAUUAUCAAUAAUCACCUCGUUUUCUCCCCUUUUCCUCUUUUUCAAAUAUGUCAUUGCGAAAAAUAGCAGAUGUUGCUCUUUGGUCUGUCUGUAUUGUUGACCUUUGUUGCCAUCUGUUGCUAAGGGGUGAACAAAUCUCAGCACCUUUGUUGCCAAGCCGGACAAUCUUAUGAUAAGAUAAAUAAAUGUCGACAUGAGGACAAAACUGACAGUAAACUGAAUGGAUACUUUUUGUAAUUUAUUUAUUUAUUUAUUCAUUUUUUUAUGAGACUAAAAGGGAGGAUGCACAUUAAAAAAAAAAGAAUAGGAGAAAGAGACUGAGAUAUGAUUCGACAGACCAGGGGUGAGGGUACACUGUCUGCACGUUUAUGUAUACUUGCAUCAGAAAUUGCUUCUUUGAAGACAUACAAGCAUCAAUUUAAAAAGUAUAAAAAAAAAAAAAUUAAAGAUGACCGAAACAAUGACGUUGGUGUACCUUAAAAAAUCAUUGUUUGAGUCAUGUAUGCGGCGAUUGUUGUCUAUGGUCUUUCUAGAUGUACCCUUGUUGUAACCAUCGUUAAUAAACAUGCGUUUGCUGGAUGUAAAUAUGCGCAUGUCAAUGACUAC